AUGUCUGAUAAUCCUAGGAUAGCCCCCCUCGUGGCGUCAAUUAUCUUACCCUUCGACAAGCUCAUUGCCAAAUUGAACGCCAGCGAUGGGCCACACGUACCCGCGCCAGCUCAGGAGCACACCGACCUCGAGGAACCCGGUCCCUCGAAUUCAAACUUCGAGAUGCAUCUGCUUUACAGCGGCACGUCAUUUCCCUUCUUGAAGAACUGCAUGGCGUUGUUAUCAAGAUUACUGGAGGUAUUACUAUCCCAGGAAACGGCGGCUACCUGUUCGAAUCUCGACCCUGAGAUUUUGAGGAUUCAUAAGUGCAAUGAAGCAUUUGAUGACGAGCUUACUGAGUACUUUUCCCGGAACGAUAGUCAAGAUGGAUUCGUUUUCGAUGAGCUCUUAGAUGACAGCAAACACAUCAUUGAUCGGCUACUUCGGCUUUCUCUUAUAAUCCGGAAUCCUACACCCCACAACCAUUUCUUGUCAAGACAAGCGGCGGAGGUCAUUCAAUAUUCCGAGCCUUUUGAUAUCCAUCAUGUACACGAAAAGUUCCCCAAGCUCGCACGAGAAGUAGCGGAGCGACUAGGGAAGUCUUUGUCGGUUCGACGCCAGUACUUUCGGUAUCGAGAGGAGCAUUUCCACAGGCUUGCAGAUGGCCUACCUGGUUCCGAGACCGAGCUAUUGGACCCUCAUGAGCAAGCCACAACCAUUGCAUCCCCAAUACCGAACCAUCUGGAAACAGUCAAAACGUGCGAUAUAUCUUUUGACGACAUUGACGGUAGAUCCGAACUGUCGGCAACCUCGUAUGCGGCGUCGGAAGUCAACUCAGAUCAGCUACGAGUACCGCCAAUGCCCAGCGGAUACGCCAAUGGACCCAUCAAGUGCCCGUUCUGCCACUCCAUAAUCCAGAUAGCAAGCAAACUGUAUGGGCGUCGCAAGGAUUGGUCAAAACACAUGUACCUUGAGCAUUGGACGCUUUGGAAAUGUCCAUCCGGCUGCCACAAGUACAUGCAUUCAGCUGAGGAAUUCCAGCAGCAUCUCUCGUCCGUUCACAAGGAUGAGUUAUCCGAACACCAUACCGGAAGCCUUGCCCGUCUUUGCAGCGUGUCUGAUCCUGCUCAAGCCCGUGGGCCAUGCAUUUUCUGCGACCAUCAUCUCACGUCAGACAAGCUGUACAUCUCACACGUGGCAUUGCACCUCGAGCAGCUUUCUCUGUUUGCUCUUCCCUCGGUUGACUAUGAUCAAGAUGAAGAUGACGAUGGGUUUGAGGAAGGUGACAAACAGGUUGACGAUGACAAGACCGAUGACACCAACUGCGAACCUGAGCAAGAAGUAAGCGAAGAUAAUAAUAGCGACUCUGGCGACUCUAGUGUGCACGACCACGUCAAUGAUGAUCAUAUUGACCAUGGUGUGCAUAAACUCUAUGAGGGAAGGCACGUCAAAUGGUACUGCAUACGGCCCUUUACCUUGUCAUUUGGACGAAUUUUGUCCAGAUUGUCGGCACCAGAGAUGUUCUAA